CCCGGAAGCGGAAGUAACGUUUGCCCCCGUAGUGUCUGUCUGUCUGAACCACGUGUAAAGGAGUGAGCGAUAAUCAUGAAACGUCCAAAGUUGAAGAAAGCGAGCAAACGAUUGUCAUGUGGAAAACGUUACAAAAUACAGAAAAAGGUUCGGGAGCACAACAGGAAACUACGAAAGGAGGCAAAGAAGAAAGGAGUAACAAAAAGAGUGAAGAAGGAUCCUGGAGUCCCCAAUGUUGCACCUUUUAAGGAGGAAGUUCUGCGUGAGGCAGAGCAGCGGAAACUGAUGCUUGAAGAGCUCAAAGCAAAAAAAAAACUUGAGAAGCAAAAGGAACGGGCAGAGAAACGGAAGAAAGAGGCAGCCAGUCCUGAGGAUGAUCCGAAGCCGAAAAAAGUGAAGAAGGAGACCGCAAAGAAUCCAGAGAAAACAUCCAUGGACAAAUUCUCCAGAAAAUUCCUCUGCAGUGAAUUGAACAAGGUCAUUGAUGCCUCUGAUGUAAUCAUUGAGGUUCUGGAUGCCAGGGAUCCACUAGGUUGCCGCUGUCCACAGCUGGAGGAGGCAGUGCUGAGAUACGAAGGAAAGAAGAAGCUGCUUCUUGUGUUGAACAAAAUUGAUCUUGUGCCCAAAAAGAAUGCAGAGCAGUGGCUGCAGUUCCUACAGCAAGAGAUCCCAACCGUGGCCGUUAAAGCAUCCACUCUGUUACAGGAUAAAACUGUGCAAGAUAAAAAGAAUAGGAGAUGGAGUGGAGCUGUUGACCAGACCAGAGGGGUCGUCUGUUAUGGUGGCAGCUGUCUUCUGCAGUUACUUGGUGACUUCGCUGCUGUCCAUCAGGGGCCCCUCAAAGUUGGUAUUGUUGGCUUCCCCAACGUGGGAAAGAGCAGCCUCAUCAACAGCCUGAAGGGCGUCCGUACCUGCAAUGCAGGGGUACUGCGGGGAAUGACUAGAUGCAAGCAAGAUAUCCACAUUUCUAAAAAUGUCAAGGUGAUUGACAGUCCUGGUAUCCUAGCAUCUCCGUCUAAUCCUGCAGUUACCUUGGCGCUGAGGGACCUGCCGUCUACGGAGAAGAGGGAGAAUGUUCUGGAUGCAGUCAGAGUCUUGCUGAAACACUGCAACAGUCAGCAGGUAAUGCUUCAGUAUAACGUUCCUGACUUUAAAAACCACCAGGAAUUUCUAACCCUUUUUGCCAAGAAGCGAGGAUUUUUGCAAAAAGGUGGCAUUCCCAAUUCAGAGCAGGCUGCAGAAGUAUUCCUGUGUGAUUGGACAGGAGCCAAAUUAAGCUACCAUUCCAAACCUCCAGAGAACCACGUCCUCCCUCCUUAUCUCUCAGACACUCUAGUGGCAGAGAUGCAGAAUGGAUGGGCCAGUGACAAACUUCAGCAGGGCAAUAUGGAAACCAUUAAGAGUGUGAGAUGUCCCAAUCCAGCAAGCAGCAUUGCCUUCAUCUCCAGUGGACCCACUUGUGGACUUCUCAAUAUAGAUGAUGUAUGUGAAGUAAAGGGGACAGAGAGUGAGACAGUGGAGGAGGAAGAAGAAGAGGAGGAGGAAAAAGUAUUGGAAACCCAGCCUAGACUUGAUUUAAAAGAAGACAAAAUGAGAAAAAGCCAAGCAAAAGGAGAAAAAGUAAAAAAAGCAGCAGCCCAGGUGACGUUUCAGUCCCUCCCUGUCAGUAUAGACCUCACUUCGGCACAGAAAGACGGCGACGCGUAUGACUUCAAUGUGGAUUUUAAAUGAAGAGAUCCAGCCCAGAGCAUUUUCCUUAUACACCCUUACUAAGUAAUCUGGUAAACAAACCACGUUUUAAAACCAAUUGGAAAAAGCUGGUUAUUCUGCUUUGGUUACAGAAAGCUGGAUAUGUAGCCUGUCAGAUUUCUUGCAAUCUAACUUUCAAUUCCUGUAACAUCUCAGUACAUGAAAAAAAAUCAUACUGGCAUACUGGGACUCCUGAAUAUGUGAAGGUAACUUUUUAGGCAGCCCUUUGCAUUUUGAGUUUUGUAUCACCUGUAUAUCAAAAACCUUGCAUUCACAAACUGUAAUUUAACCCCCCCCUCGCCCCGCCCCAAAACAAAAAAAUGAAAACACGUUGUUUA